AUGCCGAUCUCAAUAACGAAGAAAGGACGCUUAAACCGGGACAUAACGCCUUUCCAUACUGCAGCCAUAAAUCCAAAUGUCGCCUAUUUAAAGGCAUUGUUGGCUGUUGGGCAGCAGUACGGUCCAGAUUUGGAUGGGUGGGAUGUUAUUCAUUAUGCGGCUGCUUGCGAAGGAACUGGGCCACUGAAGCACCUGCUCAGCAUGGGUGUUUCGCCAGUUAUUUUAAACAAAAAGAAGCAAAUGCCCUUGCACUGUGCUGCUAAAGCUGGCCGUGAGGAGAAUGUUAAGGUACUGCUCAAAGCAAUGCAAAAGCACGAGAUGGCGAUGUUGAAGCAGCAGCAGCAGCAGCUGGAGCGGGAAGAAGCGGAUCCAGAACAAGGUAACCAAAUGGAAGACACUGGCCAGGGCUUACCGGAUGAGCCGCCGCCGCCCAAAAAAAGGGCCAGGAGGGCAGUGUCGAAGAGCAAGUCAGCACUUAUAAAUGCAAAAGCUGUGCGUGGAAAGACGGCGCUUCAUUAUGCCGCUGCGAGGAGCCAUACAAAUGUUAUUGAAGCGCUCCUGAGUGCGCAGGAUAUCCUGGUGGAUGCGCAGACAUCAGCUUCGAACAAAAAACUCACGCCACUGAUUGUCGCAUGUGCAAAAGGAUAUCUGUUAGUAACCCGUAUCAUCAAACAGGAAGCACACACAGCACUGCUGAUUGGUACGAAUUGUAAGCAAAAAGUGCAGGAACCUUACCGCAUCUUAGUAAAAUUAAGCGUUCCGCAGCUGGCACUUUGA